UAAUAUAAAAACGUUUUUGAGUGUAAAAAACGCUAAUGUUAUGGGGCGGAGGGAGUACAAGCUUGUGUACCUCUUUUGAAUAACUUGUGUUUUUCCAAUGCCAGUAUUUGUCAACUUCUUGAUUGCCAUUUCAACGAGUCCGGGUGCUGAAGUCAAUGUAUCAUUAGAGGCCCCCUCAAGCAAUUUCUUUUUCAAUCUAUGGGGCACGUCGAUCACCGUGUGUGGCGUCUACACCUACCUGAUUGGAAAUUCCAACAUAAACCCGGAAAUCCCAUUUUGCACUAUGUGUGAUGGACCACAAUCGGAUGAUGAUAGGGUGUACGGGAAGAGAUGCAUGGAUGGACAAUCCUUGUACCUCGGUAUGGUUGGCAAUGCCUUGCACCUCAAGUUUGUCCCCGUCAAGGAGGUCCAGCAGGUGCAGCACCAAACUGUGGGGGUCAACACUACGAUGAUUUGGAAUAUAAAUGACCAACGGACAUGCGCCGCUGCUUCAGCAGAAGAAACCAACUUUGCCUGCGUCAGCAAGCACAGCUCAUGUGUGGAUACCACACACAUGCCUACAGGUUAUUCAUGCAGUUGCGAUACAGGGUACACGGGCAACCCAUAUGUGCUCGGUGGCUGCUCCCGUGAUCCCGGAUACAAUCCCUGGGCUAGACAAAAUGCUCAGUGCAGUCGGUCUUGUGGUAACAUUGAGGUUCCAUUUCCAUUUGGACUCGAAGAGGGCUGUUCCGCAAUGACCAGAUUUCAACUCUACUGCAACGCGUCAAAGCUGCAUCUUGGUUCAGAAUUCGAAUCAGAGCAAUGUAUCAAAAACAUCAAUACUUCUGAGGGGUUCUUGGACACUGAAUAUACCUCGCAUGUUCAAUACCAAAUGUCUAGCUAUAGUCCAUUCUACAUUGCUACUGAUAGACAGUCAAGAAGAGUGGAAUGGGUCAUUGCAAAUCUAACUUGCCAAGAGGCACCUCAACAUACCUCUACAUAUGCAUGUGUUAGCCCCGAUAGCGAAUGCAUACACGUCAACUCGACAGUAAUGGGUUAUCGCUGUAAAUGCAAUGAAGGUUAUGUUGGAAAUCCAUAUGUUAUUGGCCCGGAUGGCUGUCAAGGUACCCCUGCCCCCCACCCCUGGCUGUAUGUGUAG